AUGGAUGAGGACAUUCUGAAAUCUUUGGAAAGUGAUGAAAGCAGUAUGGACAUGAUGACAAUGAUGAUGCAAAUGGAAAAGUUUCCUGAUUUCCAUGAGCCUUUUUAUAGCAACAACAACAACAAUCUCAAUCUCAAUCUCAAUAACACCGAAAAUGAGUUCCCUUAUGGAAACUCAAAUGUAACCUAUCAUCAACCACUCUCUUAUCCUCAACAACCAAUGACAAUGACUCCAUCCCUUCAACACAACGGAGUUCAAAUACCAUCCGGAAGAAUCAACAACGCUUCGUACUCCUCUUACUCCGAUAAGAAGAACUCAAUGGCUGCGAUGAGAGAGAUGAUAUUCCGUAUGGCGGUUAUGCAACCCAUUAAUAUAGACCCAGAAACAAUCAAACCACCAAAGAGAAAGAACGUGAAGAUUUCAAAGGAUCCACAAAGUGUAGCAGCGAGACACAGAAGAGAAAGAAUUAGCGAGAGAAUAAGAAUCUUGCAGAGAUUAGUCCCUGGUGGAACAAAAAUGGACACUGCUUCAAUGUUAGAUGAAGCAAUACAUUAUGUGAAGUUCUUGAAGAAACAAGUUCAAACAUUGGAACAAGUUGGAGCAAAUAGACCUAUGAAUGUUGUUGGGUUUCCAGGAAUGGUUACUAAUGGAAAUUUGAACUACUCUUCUUUUCUUAGAGGUUGUUCAACUUCAUCACCUUGUCAAAGGGUGGGUCUCACUUCCAAACAAAUGCUUAGUUGA